AUGACGGGGCAGCCGCCAAGGCUCGUGUUCCGGUUCACCCAGGCGGAGGUCGCCAAGAUGGAGGAGGUCCUCCGUGAGCUCGACGCCAAGCCCAAGCGUCCUGUCAUCCAGGGCCUAAUCGAUCACUUCAACGCCUCCCCGGACCGCUCAGGCGACGGCAAGGUCCCCGUCCAGUACAAUCAGGUGAGAAAUUGGUUUCAUAACCGGAGGUCCGUGCAGUCGCAGCUGUCUAGGACCACCCGGGGCGCCCCGCCACCGCCGCAAGGGAAGAUGAUGCUGCCCACGGUGGCUGAGGAACACAACCCAGUGGCUGGAUUCUACUCAGGGAAUAGUUCUUCGGAUGGUGUCCAUGUCCAGUUUGAAGCACUGUCAGCUAGAAAUGGCGCAUGGUACGAUGUUGCUGCCUUUCUGAACUACAGGUUCUCUGAAACGAGGGACCCGGAAGUACUAGUUCGGUUUUGUUGGCUUGGACCCGAGGAGGAUGAAUGGAUUGAUGUUUGUAAAUGUGUGAGACUGCGUUCUCUUCAAUGUGUUGCUGUGCUUCCUGGGGAUCUUAUUCUUUGUUUUAAGGAAGGCAAAGAGCAGGCCGUCUAUUUUGAUGCUCGUGUUCUUGAAGUUCAAAGACGCAGGCAUGAUAUAAGGGGUUGCCGCUGCAGGUUUCUUGUCUGCUAUGAUCAUGAUCACUCUGUGGAGACUGUUCCACUCAGCAAGCUAUGCCGUCGACAAAAAUCUAUUCACAUGCACCAGAUCUUGCAUGACAGAUCGGCAGCAGCAUCUGGAGAUGCUCAGAAAGCCCAAAAGCCGCACAAGAUCAUGGAUGUGAACCUUGACAAGGGGACCGGGGUUGCCAUCCCACCAGAUGAAGAAGAGCCAUCUGACAAGCUGGCAGCUCCUUUACAAGCCGCACCUACUAGCCCCCACAACAAUUUGGUUGCAGAUGUUGAGAUGGGGGGUGCAGAGGCUGCUCCAGACGGUGAAGCUGAACAUGAAGCUGAAAACAAGAUGAAUUUGGGAGGGUAG